AUGGAGCCUUGGGACUUCGGUUGGGAUGAUAGAGCGGAGAAGAAAAUUGCUGAUCGCACUUGGGAUCAAAUUGUCAUAACCGCAAGAAGACAGCAAGCUACCCAACCCUUGUCUUCCACUACUAUCUACCUUCCCAACGAUGGAGGAAAUGAUGCACCCGAAGACACCGACGAAGCCACCAAUGCCAUAGACACGACCCAAUUGAGAGCCUUCCGCGAAGAAUACGCCCCAACAUCCGCAGCAAACGCAGACCCAACCUUCUGGGCCGAGAUAAAAUCCUACGCAACAUACGCCAACAGACCCUCCACCCUCCACCUAACCCCACGCCUAACCGCACACACAGGCGGAGCACGCAUCUGGCUGAAACGCGAAGACCUCAACCACGCCGGCAGUCACAAGAUCAAUAACGCGCUGGGCCAAAUCGUCCUCGCGCGCCGACUCGCCAAAACCUCCAUAAUGCCGAAACAGGGGCUGGCCAACACGGCGUCGCAACAGCAACUCUCUGCGCGCAAUUUGGCAUGA